GAGGGGGUGAAAGAGAAGCUGCAGCAGAAAGAAUUGGUGCAGGAUCAGAGGAGAAGCUGUGAGGGGGGGAGAUAGACAGAGGGGGCGAGGAGAGACCCCCAUCCUGCCAUUUCCAUCUGAGGACCCCCCACAAGUCAACGAAGCUCCCGCCCCCUAGAGAUAUGUCCAGCGAGAAAACAGGCCCUCCAGACUCUGGACCACACAAUUCUCCUCCUCCUUACAAUCAGCCUGUUGGGGAAGGCCCAUGUAAUGGCGUCAUCCCUGGAUAUAAUGACCCCCCUCCUCAGCCAGCCACUGCAACCCUUCCUCGACAGGACCCUCAAGGAUACCUUCAGGAGACGCAAUUCACAGCACCCCCACCCGCUCCCCAAGGGUAUGUGGUACAGACUCACCCUUCCGGUGGAACCCUACCAUCUGGGGGAUAUGUACAACAAGGAGCAGGGUAUCCCAUGCACCUGCAGCCCUGCACGGCUUAUGUACCUGUAUACCCUGUGGGGACGCAAUAUCCAGCAGGAGUUCCACCCCAGCCUGGAAUCCCACCACCUCAGAUCCCACCUGGAUUGGCAUUAUUAGAGCCACGGCAUCCACCACAUGACUACCUGCCCAUUGCUGUCCUCACCACGAUCUGCUGUUUCUGGCCAACUGGAGUUAUUGCCAUAAUAAAGGCUGUGCAGGUCAGAACAGCCUUGGCCCGUGGGGACCUGAUGUCUGCAGAGAUAGCUUCCCGAGAGGCACGGAACUUCUCAUUCAUCAGCCUGGCUGUGGGCAUUGCUGCAAUGGUCCUGUGCACCAUCCUAACUGUGGUUAUUAUUAUUGCAGCUCAGCACCAUGAAAAUGAGUGGGGGCCAUAAAUGACUCCCCAGGGGCCAAAAGGAAGGCACCUCCCUUUGCCCCUAUAUAUUUCUACGCUCUAUCCAUUUUAGUUUAAGGCUUACUUUCUUUAUUCCCCCAUCCUUCCUUAGCUAUGUCUUCCUGUUAUUGUUCCUUAGUUUCACCAUCUCUUUAUCUUAUUAAUUUCAACUGUGACGUUUCUCUUAUUCCUACUUCUGAUUCUCAUUCAGAUAUUCUCUUUCAGCCUUUCUUCUACAUCGCUAUCUAAUUAUCUUCUAAUUGUUAUAAAUAAUACAGGUGCCAAAUGGGGGUGUUAUGUAUGGGGUUCCUGGAGUACUGGGGAUACUGUCUCAGCUCCACAAGAGAAUUAUUGCAAAGGAUUGUGAGCUGAGGGUGUAAUUCAGGAAGAAUUGAACGAAACAAGAGUAUGAUGAUGUGCCUCUGUAACAAAGAGAAUACCAGAAGCUGAUUCAUGGACAAGUAGGCAAUAUGCACAUUGGGACAAUGUGAGAAAAGAUAAAAGUUCUAAGUAGUUUUUUGAGAAGAGACCCUAUGUAAAAGACAAUGUGUGUGUGUGCAUAACAGAGUGUGUGUGUGUAAUAGCACUGACAAGCUGAAAGAAGCAUUAAAUAAAAAGAAGCUUGGACAGUGAACCUAUUAAAGCUGAAGUUUGCCUUUAGGUUAGCUUUUAGUAUGUACUAUAUGGGCCUAACAACAGAGGAAGCAGACCCUGCAGCUGCAAGGGAGCCCAGGAGGUAUAGGGGUCCCACAAGGUCUUAAUUCAUACACUAUUUCAAUAAAUAUCGGUAAAACAAGUCAACCUCUAGACAUUUUGUUGGCCUAAAAAAUAAUUUGCUGUGGGGCCCAGUAAUAUUUAGUUGUGCCUCUGAUAUGGGCCUUCUCUAAACAUCUAGCUUUCCUGUUCUACAUUUGUCUAAACUGCAACUGAAAAUGAUUUCUUGUUAUUGGGAAUCACUGACCCCCACCAGGCCCGGACUGGCAAUCUGUGGGUUCUGACAAAUGCCAGAGGGGCUGCUAUAAGGUGCCAUAGAAAGUCAGUAUUUAGUUGGCUGUUUGGGCCUCUGUGUACCUGAAAUGCCAGGGCCUUUUUUAAUUCUCAGUCCGGACCUGACCCCCACAAGAACAACAUCAAAAAAAACGAAUGAGGGUAACAUUGUAGUUGUUUCUAUUUUUUUAGCUUAUGUUUCAUUUCAGACCUUCUCCUAUUUAUCUUCCAUCCUGACUUCAAACCUGCUGCUUUGUUGCUAGAUCAAUCAGACAGCAGUUGAAAUUCAAGUUGCAGAACAAAAAAAAAAUCAAAUAUUAAAAAAACAAAAGAAUAGAAAUUAUAAUUGUUGCAAUCUGUCUUAGAAGGCUGCUGUCUUUAUCAUACUAAAAGUUAAUUAGAAGGUGAACUCCCCCUUUAAGGGUAAGGUCAUACUUGGAGAUUCGGGGAGAUUUAGUCGCCUGACGACUAAUCGCCUCUUCUUUGGGGCGACUAAUCUCCCCGAAACGGCUUCCCCGUUAGAAUGAGAAAUCCCUGUGGCGCUUCAUUCUCCGAAGUUGCCUCACUAGGAAACUUUGGGCGACUUUGGAAAACGAAGAGCUGCGGGUGCCAUGCCGCAGGUGAUUCCUCAUUCUAGCAGGAAGGAAGACAGGGGGAAGCCGUUCUGGGAGAUUAGUCACCCCAAAAAAGAGGCGAUUAGUUGCCGGGCGACAAAAUCUCCCCGAAUCACCAGGUGUGACCUUACCCUGAGACUUACUUUGAGACAAAGAGCUGCUAUUGUGAAACAUGAUGUUUAGAAACAAAGAGAUGGUCCUUAUUUCUGUGACAAACAAAUAUUUAUUGUUAUAACCAAUAGUCUACUUAUUAACCACUAUUUAUUGGUUGGAAGAGUGCAUUGUGGGUAUUUAUUCAUUAGCGUUUGGAAUGAUAAUUUAGAUGCAUUAUCUAAAAUAAAUGAAUUAUAUUUAA